UCAUACGUCAAGAGAGAUAGAAUUAUUAUGAAAGGCUUGAAAGCCAUUGCACUCUUCGGCCUAGCUUUGGCCUUCUGUUUCCUAUCCUGUUCUGAUGCUGUUCGAAUCACUUUCACCAACAACUGUCCAACAACUAUUUGGCCAGGAACUCUAACCUCGGAUCGGAAGCCUCAACUACCAACUACUGGAUUUGAGCUGGCUUCUAAAGCAACUAGGUCAAUUGAUGUUCAAGCUCCAUGGAAAGGCCGGUUUUGGGCCCGAACACGAUGCUCUAAGAAUGCCUCGGGAAGGUUCGCUUGUGAAACUGCUGAUUGUGGCUCAGGCCAAGUUGCAUGCAACGGCAACGGUGCAGCUCCGCCAGCGUCUUUGGUAGAAAUCAACAUAGCGGCAAAAGGUGGACAAGAUUUCUACGAUGUCAGCCUUGUAGACGGCUUUAACCUCCCUGUUGCAGUUGCCACACAAGGCGGGACUGGUGACUGCAAGCGCUCGAGCUGCGCGGCAAAUAUAAAUGCGGUUUGUCCAGCUGAACUACAAGUGAAAGGAUCUGAUGGGAAAGUGGCUGCUUGCAAGAGCGCAUGUGCAGCGUUCAAUCAACCAAAAUAUUGUUGCACUGGCUCUUUCAAUAAACCAGAAACAUGCCCACCCACAAAUUAUUCUAAGAUCUUCAAGAACCAAUGCCCACAAGCUUAUAGCUAUGCUUAUGAUGAUAAAACCAGCACCUUUACGUGCUUCAAUUCGCCUAACUACCUUAUCACUUUUUGCCCUUAAGUUUAUGGAGAGGAAUUAUAUGUUCCUUAUCUCUAUAAUAAUACGAGAGCAAUAAGUACUGUCAUGGACUAACAUGACUGUUGUAUCUGCAGUGUCAAUGUAAUAAACGCUUGAAUGAAAUAUAUAGCAAGCGAUUACCACAAA